AUGGAAGACGAAGCUACCCAACCCGCGACCCAGCAGGUCCUCGACCCUCGCCGAUUAGGACGGAACAACUCCGGUCUCAACGAAAAAGAUGUUGCUGAUGUUCUGGCGAUCCUUCACCCCGCGUCACCUGGCGCUAUCAAGAUAGUGGAAGAUGCUGCAGAGCACCGACCACAACAUGUCUUGUUUAGAAACCCGUAUGAUUCCUUUGAUGAUAAUAUUACGGACAUAGAAGAACAAGAGACCAUUAUUAUUAACAGACCUGGUUCCAGUGAAUCCAAAUCCAGAGUCGGCAAUGACAUUGCUCUGCGGAUGUCCUCACCCAUCGUUCAGCCCAACCUCGGCUUCGUUUUCGGGCGCAACCCGCGCAGCACUGAUAUUUUGUUCGGACAGGACUCUGGUAAGCGCAUCAGCAACCAGCACUUUCGAAUCUUCUUGAACAAUGAGGGAGUUCUCAUGCUGGAGGAUAUGUCUACAAAUGGAACGAUUGUAGAUGAUAUCCUUCUUAAAAGUCGAGAUCAAAGGUUCAGCAAAGUGCGAAUGUUGGCAUCGGGUUCGAUUAUCUGUAUUCACAGCACCAACGAGGCCGAGAUGAUCAAGUUCGUUGUCCGUAUACCAUCCCGGGUAGCCUAUCUGGAUCGAUUCCAGACAAACCUCGAGAAUUUCCUCACUCGAUGCAUUACGGACAAGGGCAAGCUGGAGACAGCUAUACAACGCAUGGGGAAGAACCAGUUUGGCGGGCCGUCAAUGAAGUGGGACGGUGGUUCAAAAUACAACAUUAUUGGUCUACUCGGGAAAGGUGCCUUUGCUACUGUCCACCAGCUCGCUACAAAAAUGGAGGGCAAGCUUCUCGCUGCUAAGGAGCUCGAAAAGCGUCGUUUCAUGAAGAACGGUCUGCUCGAUAAGAAGAUUGACAACGAGAUGAAGAUCAUGCAGGGCCUUCGGCAUCCCAAUAUUGUCGAGUUCGUCGAGUAUCACGACCAAGGCGACUAUCUUUACAUCAUCAUGGAGUUUGUUCGCCUGGGCGACCUGCAGGGUUAUCUGAAUCAACACGGCAGUAUGAAAGAACCGCAAGCCAAGAUGAUGGCCCAACAGAUCCUGAGCGCUCUAACCUACCUUCAUCGGAUGAAGAUAACCCAUCGUGAUAUUAAACCGGACAACAUUCUCAUCGCGGACUUAAACCCAUUCAAGGUGAAGUUGUCGGACUUUGGGCUGUCGAAGGUAGUCACACACAACGAGACUUUCCUAAAAACCUUUUGUGGUACGCUCCUAUAUUGUGCCCCAGAAGUGUUCCCAGAUUUCGACACUAUCCCCUCCAAAGGAACCAAGCGACGUCGUGGAACUAAACAAGAAUUCCAUUCGUAUAGUUCCGCUGUUGACAUUUGGUCGUUUGCAGGGGUUAUUUGGUAUGCUCUCUGUGGUAAACCCCCAUUCGAAGGUAUCGCGGACGCGACUGGCCGCGCUAUGUACAACAACAUCAUGACCACUCGUCUAGACCCGACUCCCUUGAGAGAAGCUCACGUCUCGGAACCGUGCAUCGACCUCCUCUGCAAAAUGCUACAGACAGACCCUGACCGCCGUCCCACCGAGCGGCAAUGUCUAAACCAUCCAUGGCUAAAAGACGGUGCUGCCAUUCUAGAAGAUCCUAGCCUUCAGUCCAUUGCCGAAGAAGAUGAGUCGGAAGAGGCUGGAGAACAGCUUUCCCAGCUUAAUCUGCUUGAUGAUGGAGUCCAUGACUCCGAAGAGGAGCUUGAAGACCCUGUUCUGGAGGAUGAUGAGUUUGAGCAGCUUAUCAACACCCGUCAGUCAAAGAAGGUUCGAUUGGAUCCCCUCUUCCCACGAAACCAACUCCGAGAUUGUGAGCAUGAUUCAAGUGCCGAUGUUUCAUUCCGUUCAGAACAUCUUGUUGAAGGGGGGUUUGAAGUCGAAGCUGAAGAGAGUUUCAAAGUCUUGCAACAGCCUCCCGGAAGAGCGCGUCUAUUUGGAGAGAUUGGACAAUCUGCUCUCCAGAGCUCCGGCAUACUCAGCGCCCACGCGAAUGAGGCUCUUUCCAAUGCGGGUUCUAGCGGUGAUGCUCUCCCUACGGAGUCUCAAGCCCCAGGUCAAUCAGAUCCCCGCCAGACCCCCCCUGUUCCUCGAAAUCUCGAUGGUGCUUUCUCGUCACCAAGCCUUCUUGGAGCUGAAUCUAUGGUUCGAGAGUUGAACAUGGCCUCCCCGCAAUCUCCACGUUCUGGAGCUCACACCCCGAAUGAACCGGCUACACCUAAGACUCCAGACAUGUCACAGCACAACUCCCUAGAUAAUCAUAAUCUACAUCAGAGCCAGUUCAGUGAUUCCACGCCAAAGGCCAAACCUCCGACAUUCAAUCGCCAGAUAAGUCUUCCAAGGACGGCGUCGUUCUACUAUGAUCCGUAUGAUCCGAGCACGCAUAACCUUGAAUAUGCAUCGAAAGUGAGCGGCUUCGAUUUCCUAGGACAAGUGGAGGGAACGAACGUUGUUGCUGAUGCUCAGCUUCCGGACACUAUGCGGGUUUCAACUGAGGAUGGAUCUGUCACUGGUGAGGACGUCACCCAGGAUGCUACAACAUCCGUUGUUGUUCCUAGCGCGCCCGCUGGUCUCGACAUCAAGCCUCCACCUCGACGUCUAGGUAAGCUCACUGCUACGAGUGACUCCUUUGUGCCUGGUCUUACCCUUGCGAUCGACCGAAAUAAGACUUCAUGGGGCCGAUAUCCUGGGAAUACGAUUGUCUACGAGAACGGCAAAGACACGCGAGUUCCUAAGACAGCCUUUGUCAUUUUCUGGUAUAAGUCGGACUCCGAUCCCGGCGCCAUUGAUGAACUAUCGCAAAAAGGCAAGGACUGGACGAAAUGUGACAACCUGCAUGUUGGUAUUUUCACAUGUGCCACGUCCGGCAUCAGUGUGAAUGGAAAGCACAUUCGCCAGAAGGACGACAAGGGUCGUGCGUUGUUCGGACACCUGCACACCGGUGACAUCAUCCAGGUGUAUCAUGACGCGAAGGGUACCGAGUGUUUGAAGUUCAAAUGCGAAUUCUAUCAUGGAUCCGGCAAGGAACCACGACCGCCUGGUGAGGGCUUCAAUAUCCUCAUCGGCACAAAGAACUUCUGGGCUCUCCCAGCAUUCUUGCGCAUUGCUCUUGCAAGUCAGCACACAUUCAGUGUUUUUGACGACCUGCUCGCUUUCCCGCAGUAUGAAGUCAUUUUUCCCAAUACCUACCUAACCGAUGAGAACGCUGCAUCACUCCUCGCCUACUCCGCCUCACGAAGCACAAGCUCCGUGAAUCUCAAAUCUCAGGAAACGCAGGAGCUCUCCAAACCAGGAAAGCAGACCGCCAGCUCCAUACCAAAUGAUGGCGCGCCUCUCGAAGAAACGUACGAAGCUGUUGUUCUUGGCGGUCAGCGAUACCUGUGCAGCAUCCCAGUAAUACCGGAAGAGCUACCACAGAACUCGACUGCCUCAGCCGAACAAACGAAAGCGGAGGAAGAGAAGGAGCUUAUGCGCGCUAACCAUCGCGGGUGGGAGCUGCUGGAGGGCAUGCAAGGGAAUUGCAUAUAUUACCUAAGUGGAUGGUGGAGUUACAGUUUCUGCUACAAGGAUGAAAUCAAGCAGUUUCAUCAGCUGCCACCGAGCCGGGGCGUCCCGCUCUACCCGCCAGUUGAAGAUACGGAUGUUAAGAGUUUUGUGUUGGGAAGGUUUCCACAAAAGGAUAAGAAGAAAGGGAAGGAGGCGAGGAAGACGCUCGGUAGGGAGGAAGGGAGUAAAGAGAAGCUGGAUGAUGAAGGAAAUGUGGGUUUGGGUGCGGGUGAAGGAGUGGAGGUUGCAAAGUUGGAGACAAGGGGAACAACAAGAUAUAUGGUGCAGCGGUUGAGCGGAGGAACAGAAUGCGACUUGACGGGCAAGGAGCGGAAGAUUGAGGUUCAAUUUCACUGCCAUCCCCAGUCAGCGGACAAAAUCUCUAUGAUCAAAGAAACCAGCACCUGCUCCUACCUCAUGGUAAUCUACACUCCUCGGCUCUGCAACGACGUCGCAUUCCUCCCACCCCAGGAGAAUUUCGCGCACCCCAUCUCCUGCCAACCCGUAAUCGCAGAGUCUGAGAUCGAUGCUUGGACGGCCGCCCAGCUGGAGGAUAAGGCCCGAGAAGCCGAUCGCCUCAUGGCGCUCGAGAACGAAAAUCCUUUCCGGGAAAUGGAAACUGGGACCGAGGGAUCUUCAAAUCGAGGCCCUGUCAUCGGCGGCAUCGAAGUUGGAGCUCACGUUCUCGUGGGCAGCGAAGGAAAGAUUAUCGAAAAGAGUGUUGUCGUAGGCGGUGGCAAGGAAGUGUAUGUUGGCACCGUGGCUAGCUCUGACGGGACGCAGAUGAGCGUAGCGGAUAUGAAGAAACUGAAUAUUCGUGAUCCGAAGGACGUGGAGACGAUGAAACGGAAUCUGCAGAGGAUGGCCGGGAGGAAGGGCUGGAAGCUGGACUUGGUAGAUACACCAAAGGGGAGGGAGUUUAGAGGGAUUAUUGAGGCGGAGGAUCAGAAUGAGAAGGAGGGUGGGAGAAUGAGUGAGGAGAAGGGGAGGGGAAUGAGGAAGGAUGGCGAGGCGGAGAGGGAGAAGCAAUCAGAAGAGGAAAAUGAGCAAGACGGGAGCGAGGAGGUGUAUAAGGAUGAGCUGUAAGCUGCACGAGAGGGUAUUCUUAGGGUACUUUGGUUGGUGACUGUAGACCAUACCAUUCCGUUCAUAAGACAUUCACUUUAGCUUCUGCAUGCAAUUCCAUCCUUACCGAAAUU